UUAAUCUUUCUCUUCCUUUCUUUUCUAUCCUCAACUCACAAACUAGCUAUAAGUUUCGAACUGAAAAAUGUUAAUUGUCUAGCUUAAUAAUCUUCUUGUUUAGUUGAGUUGUAAUUGGCUUUAAUUGGUUCCCUCUCAGCGAUGGAUGUCUUGCAAAAAAGCAGUGAAAGAAUCCCUUUGAGUCAGAGGCCUGAAUAUGCCGAUGUGAAGCCUGUCGCCCAGGAUGACGGUCCAAAUCCCAUUGUCCCUAUCUCCUAUACUGAUGAAUUUAGAGAGACAAUGGACUAUUUUAGAGCAAUAUAUGUAACCGAUGAGCGGUCUCUUCGAGCUCUUCAACUCACCGCCGAAGCCAUCAAACUUAACGCUGGAAAUUACACUGUAUGGCAAUUUAGGCGGCUAGUACUCAAGGCGCUUAAUGCUGACAUGAACAAGGAAUUGGACUUUGUGGAUGGCAUUGUGGAAAGAAACUCUAAGAAUUAUCAGAUAUGGCACCAUAGGCGUUGGGUGGCUGAAAAUUUGGGAACUGAUCUUUCCACUAGGGAGCUUGAGUUCACAAAGAAAAUUCUUUCUAAGGAUGCAAAACAUUAUCAUGCCUGGUCUCAUAGACAGUGGGUCCUUCAGGCACUUGGCGGAUGGAAAGAUGAGCUAGCCUAUUGUGAACUACUCCUCAAAGAUGACAUUUUCAAUAAUUCUGCUUGGAAUCAGAGAUAUUUUGUUGUAACAAGAUCUCCUCUCCUUGGAGGCCUGGGGGCAAUGCGGGAGUCAGAAGUAACUUGUACAGUUAAUGCAAUUAUGGAGCAUCCUGAAAAUGAAAGUCCUUGGAGGUACCUUCGAGGCUUAUACAGAAAUGAUACACAGGCUCUAGUUAAAGACCCUCAAGUAGCGUCAGUUUGCUUAAAGAUUUUGACUGCCAAAAACAAUUACGUGCACGCCCUCAGCAUGCUUUUGGACCUUCUCUGCCAUGGUUUCCAGGCUAGCCUGGAGAUAAGAAAUGCUGUCUAUGGUCUUUCUGACUCAGGUGCCCAAGGUUCUGAUUUGGUGAAAGUGGUCUGUUCCAUCCUAGAACUUGUAGAUCCAAUGAGAGCAAACUAUUGGAAGUGGCGGAGGAACAUGGCGCCUGCUCAAGCAGCUCAAUGCUUGAAAGAUGAUGGAUUGACUGGUUUGAGUUUAUAAAGGUGCCCAUAGAUCUUUCGUCUUAUCUUACCUUAUUUCUCUACUCGUUGGUAUAUUAUCAGAGGAGAGAGAUCCUACAUAGAAAAGAACUUCUUAUGUGAAAAGUCCUUGUGUUGCUCUUGACACCGCCAUAUUGAACUAUCCUUUUGUUGUAACACCACCAUAUUGAACUACCCACUGUAGCUGAACCUGUAAUUUACUCGAUUUGAGUACCGGAUAAAGGAUGCAAUCGAAACAUAUAUAAGCUAUGCAACUUGGUUUCUUCUGUCUUUCUAUUUA